CUCUCAUGUGGUUUUGACUUGGUUUCGGCUUUUUUCCAGUCCAACCUCCGACCUCCGACCCCUUGCAUGGCCGCGAUGCGAUGGCCGCGAUGCGAUGGCCCAUGAGGUGUCCUUGGGCGUCCAGUUGCGCGCGGCCAGCACCAAGCUGCAAAACGCCACCGCCAAGCGCAAGGCCCUCGCGCAGCGCGCGGCUCACGAGGUGGGCGUGCUCUUGCAUCGCCGGAAGAGCCUGGAAGCGUGGCUUGGCGGGCUUUCUCCCCGCGAAGACGGACAUGACCGACCUGUGGACAGCUCGAACUGGAGUUGCUUUUGGUUUGGAAGCAGAUGCUGUAUGCUCACUUAGUACGUACCUCUUAGUAUACUUGAAUGUCCCGCUUCUUGAAGCUUUGGCUUGUGUGAACCAAGCGAGUCACUUUAAAGAUAUGGGGUUCUUGGCCAGCUCACGUGCACGCCCAUGGGUGAGACGAAGGCAACGUGUGGAGGAGGAGCAAAGGAUUGCCAAGGCCGCUGCUGCCAAAGUGGCGCAGGAGGUGGCCAAGUUUUGGCGGAGCUGCUGCCGUGCUGCGGCCUACUUUGAGGUGCAGCAGCGACACAAGGCCAAAGAGAAGCAGCAUUUCGACAAUAUCCAGGCGCUGGUCUCCCGAAGCGAAGCCUUCUCCAGCGAGGUCACGACGCAGCUCUUCGCCCAGGAGGAGCCGGGCGAGUCUGGCUCUGACACCUCCAGUGACUCGGGCGCGGGUCUGUCGGCUUCCCCCGCGCCGGAAGCGCUUGCUCGGGCGAAGAAGCUGAGGAAGCCCCUGACGUCCUCCAAGGCUGAUGAGGUGAAGGAGGACAGUGGGAACAGCAAGGAGUCUGAGAACGCGGCGGUCGCUCCCGCGCGCGCCGCUUCCCGGGAGCGGCUCGAGGAGGAGUGGACGAAGAGCGUGGAGGGGCCCUCAGAGAACUUCGACCGGCGCUGCAUGUCCAAGCAGAUCACCACCAAGGUGCCAGUGCUGCUCUUAAGGCAUCCCAUCCGAGAGUACCAACAUGUGGGUUUGCAUUGGCUCGCCACCCUGCACGACAAGAACUUCAACGGCAUCCUGGCCGAUGAAAUGGGCCUCGGGAAGACCAUCAUGACCAUCGCCCUGCUGGCGCAUUUGGCCAUCGAGAAGGAGGUCUGGGGGCCGCACCUCAUCGUGGUGCCAAGCUCGGUGUUGAUGAACUGGGUGAAGGAACUCAAGAAAUGGACUCCAGGCUUGAAGGUUUGUGCCUACUUCGGCAAUGCAGAGGAACGGCGCUGGAAGCGCCGGGGCUGGGGCGUCUCCCACGCCGACGCCUUCCACAUUUGCCUCGUCUCGUAUGCGGUCGCCUUGCAGGACGUUCAACCCUUGAAGCGACAACGCUGGUACUACAUGAUCUUGGACGAAGCCCAGCAUAUCAAGAACUUUCGAUCCCAGAAAUGGCAGCAACUGAUGCGCUUCCAUACUGAGCAUCGGCUGCUGCUCACAGGGACACCGUUGCAGAACAAUCUCACGGAGCUUUGGUCUUUGAUGCACUUCCUCAUGCCUGACAUGUUCCAGUCAUACAGCGACUUCAAGGAGUUCUUCUCGGACCGGCUGCAGGUUGCACUACACGAGAAACGGGUCGACCAGGACCUGGUGGCACGACUGCACAAAGUGCUUCGGCCCUUCAUGUUGAGGAGGCUGAAGAGCGAGGUGGAACGCCAGCUCCCCAACAAGCACGAGUACGUGGUGCGAUGCCCCCUCUCCCGACGGCAGCAGGUGCUCUAUGAGGAGUUCAUGCAGAGGCGUGAGACGCAGCGGGUGCUGAAGAAGGGCGAAUACAUCGGCAUGAUGGGCGUUUUGAUGCAGCUGAGGAAGGUGUGCAACCACCCGGAGCUGUUUGAAGCACGGGGAGCUGUCACGCCCUUGGUCGUGCCACCCUUGGACGUCCACCUUCCCAGCUGUGUGCUCUUGGCGCUCUGGCGCUCCCUGGCGGGACGGCGACCGGGUGAGGAGAACUUCUGCUCCUUCCUCUUGCCCCUGCUUUCCCUUUGGCGUUUGGAGCUUUCUUUGAUGCAGCUUUGUCGGAAGGAUUUGCCCCUGGCCGAGGUCAUUGAGGUGAGCUUGCCAGCACCCAAGCGCAGGCGGGUGAUGCCCGGCAGCUCUCCGUCCGGGAGGAGGAAGCAUUUGUCGCCGCAGAGUCAGAAGUUCGUGGACGUGUCCUAUUUGGCCCACCUCGCGCGGGAGGAGCGGCGAAGGGAGCAACGAGAAGCGGCGGCCGUGGACGUGGACCAACUGCUGUGGAUGGUGAGUGCUGGUCGCCCCUGGAUUGGCAGCAACGGCCUCCAGCUGCUGUCGCCGCUCGCCGCGCUCCGCAGCCCACACCGCGGUCGGCCCUUCCUCUGGCCGGAGCCCAGGAGACCGAGCACUGCCAGCAGGUCUCAUUGCUGGGAGGGAAGCGUCAGGGCGGCCUUGGAGAACUGCAUCCAUCGUGACCUGCAGAGGAACUUCCCUUCCUGUCUCGGGCGUUGGGCCUUUCGCGUGCCGCGCGUGCAGGUGGCCUCCCUUCCGGCCUUCCCGACGGAGCUCCCCAGCGAAGCCCCGCCCCACGUGAGGCUACGUCUCCACCUGAGCCGAGGACAGAGACCGACCAUGGAGCAGUGGCACCAGAGCACCGGGGAUGCCUGCCAAGCCCUUCGCAGUGCUUUGGGUGACCCUUUGACCGAUGCCCUCGAGGCUCCCCUGCGAUGCCAUUUGCCUGAGAAGCAAUAUUUGGAGUCGGACUGCGGGAAGUUGAGAGCACUGGCCUCAAUGUUGCAUCGGUUCAAAGAGCGCGGAGAUAAAUGUAUCAUCUUCACACAGUUCAUCAAGAUGCUGGAUGUGCUGGAAAACUUUGUGUGCCACCACCGCUACAUCUAUGUGCGCUUGGACGGCAUGGUGAAGGUGGAGAUGCGGCAGGAGCUGGUGGAUCGCUUCAAUGAAGACGAGCGCAUCUUCCUCUUCAUUUGCUCCACUCGUGCAGGCGGAGUUGGCAUCAACCUCGCAAGUGCCAAUGUGGUCAUUUUCUACGACUCGGAUUGGAAUCCUGCUAUGGACCGCCAGGCCACGGACCGUGCGCACCGCAUCGGGCAGACGCGCGAGGUCCACAUCUACCGCUUGAUCAGUGAGCAUACGGUCGAGGAGAACAUUUGGCAAAGGCAGUUGCAGAAGCGCGAGUUGGACCACGUGGUGGUAGACCAGGGCCGCUUCAACAUGGAGAAGUUGAAGAGCUUACACCAAGACAGUGUAUCCUCGGCUGUGUGGACCGCAGCGGAGGUCCGCUCCUUGUUGGAUGGGACGAGCGUAGCGAGGAGGUCGAGUGAGGAGGUCGAGGCCACGGAGCAAUGCUCAGACCCUUUGGAAUCGGCAGAAAGUAUGCAGAAACCGGAGGGGGAGGCUGCCGCUGCGGCAGAAGCGACUUCACCGAAGCAGCACGUGAAAGAGCUGAGACCCAGCAUGACGGAGUUCGAGCAAGUCCUUCAGCGCGUGGAGGAUGCCGAAGAUGCUCAGAUGGCCCAAGCGGUCUCAGGAGAGCUCCGCACAGCCGAACAGCUCCUGAAGGGAGAGCAACAGGGAGAGACGAACAAAGCACCGGAGAAGAUGGAGUGGCUAAGCCUGCCUCGAUUGGUCCGAUGGGGCAUCCAUCGUGUACGCCUGUUGGAGGUGGAGGAGGUGCUGAGCCAGCGCCGUGCACAGCUCGGGAAGUCUGGGAAGCGGAAGCGGAUGCCCAACGUCGCUUGAGUCCA